AUGGUCAAGCUACAAGCAGCUACGGUCUCGAACCAAUUGGUGCAUAAGCGGAAGCGCAAGAGGCCGGCGGAGGAACAAGUGGUGGAAGUGGAGGAUGGCGCAGAGGCGACAGGUAAUACGACUGAUACAACGAGUGUCACCACAGUCCCUACCAAGACACACGAUGGCGGCAAGAAGCCUCGCCGAACACCCAGGAAAGGGGACAAGCCACCCCUGGAGAGGCACAACUCAUCUACGCUCGUCGAGUCCUCUAUUCCCUGGCCUGAUGUCUUCACGAAGCUUGCUCAAGUACACAGAGCUCUAAACCUGGUCUACACCUUCUGCUGUACACGUAAGCACUUGGCGACCACAUACGAUACGAUCAAGAGUGCUGUCGAAGCCAACAUCAAGCGGCCUCUUGAUAUAAAAGACAUUGCCAAGGUGAAGCUCCUCGUACCCGGUGCUAUCAACUUCCAGUAUGUCGACGAGCAGAUGUUGCAGGUUGCACUCAUGGGUGAGGAGGAUCUGCGCAAAGGCAAGAGAGCCAACGAUAUGUUCCCAGAAAGUCCACAGGAAGAACGCGCGAGACGUGCUGCGGCGGGCAAAGAUGAUCACACUGAGGUCCUGCUGUUCGAGUUCAUCGAUGGUGAUCUGAAGAGGCAGGUCACAAAUCCGAAGACAGGCGAGAUCGUUCGAGCCCACAGAAAGCUACGGGAGGAAGACCUGAAGAUGCCAGUCUUCAGCCAGAAGCAGAUGAUGAAGUUGAUCGAAAAGCGAAAUACCAAGUUCGCGUCGGCGAUCAAUGCAUGGUUGAAUGAAUGUGCUGAGACUGGCAUGGAUGCAGUGGAGCGGCUGGAGCAGGAGCACAUCGCUCUAAUACCUGCGCCGGCCAGAAGCAGAGAGGCGACCCCAACACCAGUAGACACAUUGCCAAAGAGCAUUCCGACUGAGCGUGAAAGCAUACCGUCCAUCAUCGAAGAGCUCAAAUCUUCCGAGUGGUACACGGGACAAAUCGUACCUGACGGUCACCGCGUCUUCGAUCCACAGUCACCUGUGUACGGUGAGCUUUCAUUCCCGCUUAGCCAAGAUUUGGUCAACGCCUUGUACAACACUCGGAAGAUCGAAAGUCUCUAUAGCCAUCAAGCUGAGGCCAUCAAUGCUCUGCAUGAAGGUCAGAAUGUGAUCGUGGCCACCUCUACGAGCUCAGGCAAGUCACUCAUCUACCAGAUACCAGUCCUGAAUGCAUUGGAAAGCGACAAGCAGACUAGAGCGAUGUACAUCUUUCCCACCAAAGCCCUGGCGCAAGAUCAGCGGCGGAGCUUGAAGGAGAUGCUUGGGUAUCUACCUGGACUCGAAGAUGUUGUCUGCGACACCUUCGACGGCGACACGCCCAUGGCUGAACGCAAUCAGCUUCGAGAUGAAGCUCGUAUCAUCUUCACCAACCCGGAUAUGCUGCACAUGACCAUCCUACCACAAGAAGAGAAAUGGCGACACUUCCUACAGAACCUGCGAUACGUGGUCAUGGACGAGCUGCAUGUGUACAACGGACUCUUCGGCGCCCAUGUCGCACUAAUCAUGCGUCGGCUCAGACGGAUAUGCGCGGCGGUGGGAAACCGCAAAGUCAAGUUCAUCUCGUGCUCAGCCACGGUUGCAAAUCCACAAGAGCAUAUGCGGACAAUCUUUGGCAUCGAGGAUGUCAAGCUCGUGGACUUUGAUGGAUCGCCUAGUGGUCGUAAGGAGUUCUUGUGCUGGAAUACGCCGUUCAAGGAUCCUGGUGACCCGAGUAGUGGGCGAGGUGACACAUUCGCGGAAACAGCUCGACUAUUUUGUCAGCUGAUCUUGCGAGCUGUGAAGAACGAGCUCAAUUCGCUUGAACGAUCAGAAGUCAUGGCACGAGUUAUGGCUUAUCGUGGUGGCUACACGCCUCAAGACCGUCGACGCAUUGAAAAGGAAAUGUUCGAAGGCAAGCUCGUCGGCAUCAUCGGCACCAACGCUCUCGAGUUGGGCGUCGACAUAGGAUCUCUGGACGCCGUGGUCACAGUCGGCUUUCCAUACACCAUCGCCAACCUCCGUCAGCAGUCCGGCCGAGCAGGUCGCAGAAAUAAGGACAGCCUGUCAGUCCUCAUUGGCGACUGCUUCCCAACAGACCAAUACUUUAUGCAGAACCCAGACGAGAUCUUCACGAAACCAAACUGCGAACUGCAAGUUGACCUUACAAAUCUGCUUGUCUUGGAAGGCCACAUCCAAUGUGCCGCCUACGAAAUGCCCAUCAAUCCAGACGAAGACGACAAAUACUUCGGCAAACAAUUACCCUCCAUCUGCUCCGAGCGUUUGCGAAAGGAUGAUCAGCUUGACUUCUACCACACAGCCGAGCGCUUUCUGCCAUACCCGAGCCGAACAGUAGCUAUCCGAGAUACAGAAGACGACCAUUUCGCUAUAGUCGACACCACAGCAGGCCGUAACGUCGUGCUCGAAGAACUAGAAGCAAGUCGAGCUUUCUUCACAAUCUACGAGGGCGGCAUUUUCCUCCAUCAAGGCCAUACCUAUCUAGUGCGGGAAAUGAAUACAGAUCGUAUGAUUGCUAAGGUCGAACUUGUACAUGUUGAUUGGACGACUCAGCAGAGAGAUUUUACCGACAUCGAUCCCGUUGAAACGGAAGCUAUAAGACGCAUACCCGGCUCGCUAAGCCGAGCUUUCUUCGGCUCGAUCAAGAUCCUGCAGAACGUCUUCGGGUUCUUCAAGGUAGAUAAGAAGCGCCGGAUUCUGGAUGCGGUUCAAGUCGACAAUCCACCCAUCAUCAUCUUCAGCAAGGGUAUGUGGCUAGACGUCCCUCGCGGCGCGAUCGAGAUCCUGAAUAGCAGGCGUCUGAAUCUGGCGGGAGCGAUACAUGCCGCUGAACAUGCGAUUUUGAGUCUGAUGCCGAACUUUGUGAUCAGUAUGCCUGGGGACGUGAAGACGGAAUGCAAAGUCGCUAUCAAGGAAUUCGCGAAAAAGGAGACUUCACGGAAGCGACCGGCGAGGUUGACGUUUUAUGAUGAUAAGGGCGGCCAACAUGGGAGUGGAAUAGCGGCGAAAGCGUUCGAGUUCAUUGACUUGCUGUUGAAUCAGGCUUGUGACAGGGUGGAGGCUUGUCACUGUCAUGAAGGGUGUCUGGAGUGCUGCUGUAGCGAGAGGUGUCGUGAGGCGAAUCAGGUCAUGUCUAAGGCCGGUGCAGAAGUCAUACUCAAGUCUUUGCUGAACAAGGAAAUUGAUGUGGAUAAUCUGCCGUGGGGCCCUGAUGACGAGAGGGUGCCUGCUGGUAUCGAGACCGUUGUUUUCGCUCAAGAGAUCAGGCCGAGACGUGGUGCGCAAGUUGAGGUCAUUGAGGUUAAGAGGGAGGAAGGCGGGACGAGGAGAGUUACUGUUGAUGUCGCGGACGGAGAUGGGGCUAAUGGUGGAGGCGAUGACGAUGUUGUAGUGAUCAAAGACGAGCCGCCUGACGAUGGGAGAUGA